AUCAGACUCGUCAGCAUCAGCCUUCGAACCACUGAAUCCACAUCGCCGAGAGGGGGGGCAUAGACCGAUGAUGUACGCAGGACGUUGAUUGAACCUCGAUCGUGACUCGAAGCACCGGCAGGCAUCCUGCUGCAGUCAUGGCAAGCGUACAGUGUCUUCACCGCGUUACAGGUGGGCGGGCCGCACAGAUCACAGCACCAAGAUGGAGGACCUUCCGCGAAGCGGCACUUGGAGCAAGAAGCGCAGCGUGGAUAAACACAUGGACCACAGAGACUCACACUCAUGCGGCUCGGGUCUCACAGCUCUUGAAGGGCAGCUCAAAUGUCGAGUGACUCUGAGGAGUCAUUUCUGUCGGCGCGGCGCGCACUCACACUGUGACUUGAAAACAUCGAUCGUAUUCGUGCAUCGUGCUUUCUCACGAGUCAAGAGUGGGCUGGGCGACCAAUAGACGAGGGUCGAUGCAUUACGAUGGCAAAGGGAGAAUCGAUCGAUCCGUCUGGACUCAAAUCAGGUCCAUCGGCGCGGAGUCUUGUGUGCGCGACGAAGACCACCGCUUGGAAAUCGGCAAAUCAGAACGAGCUGCACGGUCUCGUCGGCUUUGCAUGGCUGAACGCUCGGUUCGAGAAGCUGGAUCGAAUGCUAGGAUGCUUGUUUGGCUCAGGAACAGUCCCCACUGGAAGCUCUAUCAGCUCAAUACAGACCAGGAAGAGCGCCGCGGCGGACCUCGGCUAUUCAGCGCGCAAAUCCGGAGUCAAAGUCUGGAUAGGCGCUGCGAGCCUUUUGGGCGCCUCGAUCAAGGAGGCAUAG